GGUUUUUGGAAGGGUUUUAGGCAGCCUCCAUUGCCAAACUCCUUCUCCUGUGCUUCUCUUUUCACCAUUUUUUCUUCUCAAGAUUUUCCCUUUCAAUGCUAGCAAGCAUUCCACAGUUUCCCUUACCUUUUUUUCAGCUUAUUAGUCAUUUGGGGUAAUCUUUUUUCUUCAGUUUUCCAACAAAAGAUCCACUGAAUAUGUGGAGAUACAUAUCUAAACAAGCUUAUUCAAGAAAAUUGAGGAAUACCCAUGAUUCAGAUUUUCUUGGUUUUGCUCAGUCUUUUGGAAAGACUAGACCUUUACAAGGUUUGUGUGAAGAAAUUUAUAGGAAUCCCAACUUGGGUGUGUCUCAAAGUUCAAUCUUUACUAGAGUUAAUGGAAAAAGUAGAUGUUUAGAUGGGAUGUGUGAAGAUAGUUGUAGGAAUCACUACUUGGGUUUCUCUGAAAGUUCAAUCUUUUCUAGAGUUAAAGGAGAUUUUCGAGUUUGUGGAUCUUUAGGAAUUUUGAGGAGUUAUGGUAGUGCUGCAGAGGCUAUUGCUUCUACAUCUGAAGAAGAUAUUGAUGAAAUUCAAGAAUUAAUUGAGGAAAUGAACAAAGAAAAUGAGGCUUUGAAGACCAAUUUGCAGCCAAAGCAGCCGAAAACAGUAGGUGGGAUGGGGAUUGGGAAGUAUAAUUUGCUUAGGAGAAGGCAGAUAAAGGUAGAAACUGAAGCAUGGGAAGACGCGGCUAAGGAGUAUCAGGAGCUGCUGAUGGAUAUGUGUGAGCAAAAGCUGGCGCCAAACUUGCCCUAUAUUAAAUCUUUGUUCUUGGGUUGGUUUGAGCCAUUGAGGGAUGCCAUAGCUGCUGAACAGAAGUUGUGUGAUGAAGGUAAGAACCGCGGGGCUUAUGCUCCCUUCUUUGAUCAGUUGCCUGCUGAAAUGAUGGCUGUGAUUACAAUGCACAAGUUGAUGGGGUUGCUAAUGACGGGUGGAGGAAGUGGUAGUGCUAGAGUGGUGCAAGCUGCUUCCCACAUUGGUGAAGCAAUUGAGCACGAGGCCAGAAUACAUAGAUUUUUGGAGAAGACAAAGAAAAAUGCAUUGGAUGGGUCCUCGGAAGAAACAGCUGGUGAUAUAAUGAAAGAAAGAGAGAGGCUGAGGAAAAAAGUAAAAAUCUUGAUGAAGAAACAGAAGCUGCAGCAGGUUAGAAAGAUUGUGAAGCAGCAAGAUGAUGAAAAGCCUUGGGGCCAGGACAACCUUGUCAAGGUUGGCUGCAAAUUGAUUCAGAUAUUAAUAGAAACCGCCUAUAUACAGCCUCCAAAUGACCAGUUAGAUGAUUGUCCUCCAGAUAUUCGGCCAGCAUUUAUGCACACCCUUAAAACUGUAGAAACAGUGAAAGGUAGCAGAAGAUAUGGUGUGAUUCAAUGUGAUCCACUUGUUCGUAAAGGCUUAGAUAAAACUGCUAGACAUAUGGUGAUUCCAUAUAUGCCGAUGCUGGUUCCUCCACAGAAUUGGUCAGGGUAUGACAGAGGUGCAUACUUAUUUUUACCAUCAUACAUUAUGCGGACGCAUGGAGCAAAACAGCAGCGUGAAGCAGUUAAAAGAGUUCCAAAGAAGCAAUUGGAACCUGUAUUCCAGGCACUUGACACUCUUGGUAAUACCAAAUGGAGGGUGAAUAAAAGGGUACUUGGCAUAUUAGACAGAAUAUGGGCUAGUGGAGGCCGUCUUGCUGAUUUAGUCGACAGGGAAGAUGUACCUUUACCCGAAGAACCAGACACCGAAGAUGAAGAAGAAAUCAAGAAAUGGAAGUGGAAAGUUAAAGCUGCAAAAAAAGAGAACUGCGAGAGGCAUUCUCAGCGGUGUGAUAUUGAACUCAAAUUAGCUGUUGCGCGGAAAAUGAAGGAUGAAGAGGGUUUUUAUUAUCCACAUAAUCUUGAUUUUCGUGGUCGUGCAUACCCCAUGCACCCGUAUUUGAACCAUCUUGGUUCUGAUUUAUGCCGUGGCAUCCUUGAAUUCUCUGAAGGGCGCCCACUUGGAAAGUCCGGUUUACGCUGGCUGAAGAUACAUCUAGCAAAUGUAUAUGGUGGUGGUGUUGAUAAGUUAUCAUAUGAAGGUCGUGCAGCAUUCAGUGAAAACCAUGUGGAGGAUAUUUUUGACUCUGCAGACAGGCCACUGGAAGGAAGGCGUUGGUGGUUGGGGGCGGAAGAUCCUUUUCAAUGCUUAGCAACAUGUAUUAACAUAUCUGAAGCAUUGAGAAGCCCUUCUCCAGAGACCUCUAUAUCUCAUAUGCCCAUUCACCAGGAUGGGUCGUGCAAUGGGUUACAACAUUAUGCCGCCCUUGGCAGGGAUAAGUUAGGAGCAGCUGCAGUCAAUCUUGUUGCUGGAGACAAGCCUGCUGAUGUUUACUCUGGAAUUGCUGCUCGAGUUCUUGAUAUUAUGAAGAGAGAUGCAGGUAAAGAUCCUGCAACUGAUCCAAAUGUGAUGCGUGCCAGGCUGUUAAUUAACCAGGUGGACAGGAAGUUGGUCAAGCAAACAGUGAUGACAUCAGUGUACGGUGUCACGUAUAUUGGUGCUCGUGACCAAAUCAAGAGAAGAUUGAAGGAGCGUGGUGCCAUUGAAGAUGAUAAUGAGUUGUUUUCAGCAGCUUGUUAUGCGGCAAAAACCACCUUGACUGCCUUAGGAGAGAUGUUUGAAGCAGCCAGAAGUAUCAUGAGUUGGCUUGGAGAUUGUGCAAAGAUUAUAGCCAUGGAAAACCAGCCUGUACGAUGGACUACUCCACUUGGACUUCCUGUUGUGCAACCUUACCGCAAAUUAGGAAGGCAUCUUAUUAAAACUUCUCUUCAGAUUUUGACAUUACAGCGUGAAACAGAUAAGGUAAUGGUUAAGCGACAGAGAACAGCAUUCCCUCCAAAUUUUGUUCACUCUCUUGAUGGUUCCCAUAUGAUGAUGACUGCCAUUACCUGCAAAGAAGCUGGCUUAAGUUUUGCAGGAGUGCAUGACUCAUACUGGACACAUGCAUCUGACGUUGACCAAAUGAACAAGAUUUUGAGAGAAAAAUUUGUUGAACUCUACGACGCACCCAUACUGGAAAAUUUACUGGAGAGUUUUCAGCAGUCAUUCCCUGACUUGCAGUUCCCCCCGUUACCGGAGCGGGGUGAUUUUGAUCUAAGAGAAGUUCUGGAAUCUCCCUAUUUUUUCAACUAGUCGAGCAGUCUUAUUUUUUCGAUCUUUAUGUGGUCUGGUGUUUGCUUUCUCCCUACAAUGACAAAACUCAAUGGGAUCUUCAAACUCUUGGAUUGAUGGCGCUAGGCCAACUGCUGCGCUGGAAGUCAAGAAACACGAGCGUAUACUGACACAUUGGCUGCUCCACCUGGAUGACCCUGUCAUGCUACUGCAGAAAGUGGCAUUGACCAUACAUGUUGGACAAGCUUAGGAUUUCCAGGAUGAGUCAGGUUGCUACGCCCAUAAGCUACUCUCCAGAAAGUUAUACUGAGUGAAAGCAGUCGGGCUAAUGGUUUCGAUGAAAUAUUAUUCGUGUACAAGCAUGCGAAGGCAGGCGUAAGCAAAAGCGAAAACGCCUUCCAGCACUGGAAAGACAAACUAAUGAAGACUAACCUUAUAUGACUCUACAUAGUGCUGAGUAGAACAGUAAGACAAUAGCUUCUUCCCCCUUUUUUACCUCAAUAAAAUCUUAUAAUUACUUGCUUUUGUACCAUUUACAUAGCAGGUUGUAUAUAUAUCUUUUAUGGUGAAAUGUCACCUCAUUUUUUAUACCUCUUAUAUCUUUAUCCUAAGCUUUGUUGUAAUAAGAAUACAGUUCACAUUUUUUUUUUUUUA